AUGGCUACUCGAGGAAAACGUAGAGUAAUGGAUCAAAUCUCUCAACUCCCUGACCCUAUUUUGCUGCACAUACUAUUCUUCCUACCUGCGAAAGAUGCAGCUCAAACUAGUGUGCUCUCCAAGACAUGGCUGAAAGUCUGGAAUUCGCUUCCUCUAUUUACAUUUGAUUUCUGUCAAAACAUUUCCUUAUGGAAACUCCUGUCUACACAAAAAGAGGAAUCGGAACAAGUUGAUGUAAGAGAUGCUUUUCUAAAUAUUAUAGAUGGUUCAUUGGUAAAUCUCCGUGUCCAAAAAGCAAUAAUAGAGAAAUUCAGGCUUUUUCUUAAACUGUCAUAUCUAAGAAAUGUGUCUUGCAUCGACGAAUGGAUAAGAUUGGCUACCAAUAACUGCAUCAAAGAGUUAGAUGUUCAUAUUAAGCGCCAGUAUAAAGAAGACUGGUACAGUUUGCCAGGUACAACAUUUACAGCUAAAUCGCUGAUUGUUCUGAGAUUGGGAGGUUUUAAGCUAGACUUCCCUCUAAUUGUUGAUCAUAUGAAGCUUACUAAAUUGAGAGAGCUAUCUCUAACUGAUGUUCUUUUGGAAGAACAGACGAUCUUGGAAAUUUGUUCUGCUUAUCCAGCGGUAGAAGAUCUACGUCUCAUCAGGUGUGAAGGAGUAAAAGAUCUAUUGAUAUCUGAUCUCCCCAGACUUAUAAAGCUUACAAUACAUCAAGCAAAUGAAAUAACUUGGGAAUAUAGAAGUAUCAGGAUUCAAGCUGUUAAUCUUCAAAGUCUAUAUUACAAAGGAUGUAACAGGCAGUUAAAGUUUGACGUGACUACUUUCAAGCUUCUGAAAGAAUUGAGCAUAACAAAUGAGCUGAUUACUGAUCUGGUGGUAGAAAAUCUUGUUUCUGAACUGCCACUUCUUGAGAAAUUAGAAUUGAACUUUUGUUUCAAGUUGAUGACGCUUAAAUUUUCGAGUUGUAUGCUUAGACAGUUAACAUUCCGUUCUGGCAAGAGUCUAAUGGAAAUUGUGAUCGACACUCCAAACCUGAUCCGUUUUGAAUAUGGUGCUAGUAAAUUGCCUGUCAUAUUCUCUUUGACAACAUCUUCUCUGCAGGAAUGUUAUCUCAAAUUAAUGCCCAGUGAUCAUCUAAGCACGAGUUGGUUUCAAAAUUUGAAGGAAUAUCUAUCUAGAUUCAAACAACUGAAUUUACUUGUUCUGUCUAUAGAUUCAACGACUAAUACGUUCAUCGUGGAAGAACUGAAUGGAGCGUUGUCCUGCGCACUAUCUGUUGUCAAGCUUGUGAAGAUAAAGAAAGUUAUGGAGUCUCUAAAUUUUGAAACUCUGUUAGAUGGUCUGCUUUGGACUUGUCAUCCAGAGACUCUGUCAAUUGAUAGAACCUGGGAGCACAAUGAGGAUUUUGUACAGUUUUUGAGGGAGAAACUAAUGCAAAGAGAGAUUGCUCCUGUGUGUUGUGACUCGAGACGUAUCAAAUGCUGGAGGCACUACCUUAAAGAAAUUGAAGUUGAGAGCUCUACUAGACAGUAUGGGAAUCCUUCUUCAUCAUCUCGAGUCUCAACCGUUUGUUUCAAACUGACAUGGUAG